CAGACUCCCUCCCUCCAUCCAGGUCGCGGUAGCUUUGACAGGGCACGAUGGCGGCGGCCGGCUCUGCAGGGAUGCCGGCGACCGUGUCCGAGAAGCAGGAGUUUUACCAGCUCCUGAAGAACCUGAUCAAUCCAAGCUGUAUGGUGCGGAGGCAAGCAGAGGAAGUCUAUGAGAAUAUUCCAGGUCUGUGUAAGACUACGUUCCUCUUAGAUGCCGUCCGAAAUAGAAGAGCAGGUUAUGAGGUGAGACAAAUGGCUGCCGCACUGCUACGACGGCUUUUGUCCUCUGGGUUUGAGGAGGUCUAUCCAAAUCUGCCUUCUGAUGUGCAGAGGGAUGUCAAGAUUGAACUGAUCCUAGCUGUUAAGUUAGAAACGCACGCCAGCAUGAGGAAAAAGCUUUGCGAUAUUUUUGCGGUGCUGGCCAGAAAUUUGAUAGAUGAGGAUGGCACAAACCAUUGGCCAGAAGGUCUGAAAUUCCUCAUUGAUUCGAUUCACUCCAAAAAUGUGGUUCUGUGGGAAGUUGCACUUCACGUUUUCUGGCACUUUCCGGGGAUUUUUGGGAGUCAGGAUCGCCACGAUUUGGAUAUCAUCAAGAGGUUGUUGGACCAAUGUAUUCAAGAUCAAGAGCAUCCAGCAAUCAGGACGUUAUCUGCUAGAGCUGCAGCUGCGUUUGUCCUUGCGAAUGAGAACAAUAUUGCUCUUUUCAAAGACUUUGCAGAUUUGCUUCCCGGAAUCUUACAGGCGGUGAAUGACUCCUGCUACCAGGAUGAUGACUCGGUGCUAGAAUCCCUUGUUGAGAUUGCAGACACCGUCCCUAAGUACUUGGGUCCCUAUUUAGAAGAUACUCUGCAGUUGAGCCUGAAGUUAUGUGGAGACUCUAGACUUAGUAAUCUGCAGCGCCAGCUGGCUCUGGAAGUAAUAGUGACCUUAUCGGAAACUGCAACUCCAAUGUUGAAAAAGCAUACGAGUAUCAUUGCGCAGGCGGUGCCCCAUAUAUUAGCCAUGAUGGUUGAUCUACAGGAUGAUGAGGACUGGGUGAAUGCAGAUGAAAUGGAAGAAGAUGAUUUCGACAGUAAUGCGGUUGCUGCUGAGAGUGCGCUGGACAGACUGGCUUGUGGACUUGGUGGAAAAGUUGUUUUGCCAAUGACCAAGGAGCAUAUUAUGCAGAUGCUUCAGAGCCAUGACUGGAAAUGUCGACAUGCCGGAUUAAUGGCCUUGUCAGCCAUCGGAGAAGGUUGCCAUCAGCAAAUGGAACCAAUUCUAGACGAAACGGUUAACUCGGUUUUGCUUUUUCUUCAGGAUUCUCAUCCAAGGGUGAGGGCUGCUGCCUGUACUACGCUUGGACAGAUGGCUACCGAUUUUGCACCUAACUUCCAAAAGAAAUUCCAUGAACUAGUGAUUACAGCUUUGUUGCGAACCAUGGAAAAUCAAGGUAAUCAGCGUGUGCAAUCUCACGCAGCUUCCGCUCUUGUUAUUUUUAUGGAAGACUGCCCCAAACCAUUGCUAGUUCUAUAUUUGGAAAAUAUGAUAAAAAGUCUACAUUCCAUCUUGGUAAUUAAACUUCAGGAGCUGAUUCGGAAUGGGACUAAGUUGGCCUUAGAACAACUUGUGACAACCAUUGCCUCGGUUGCAGAUGCAAUCGAAGAAAGCUUUGUUCCAUAUUAUGACAUAUUUAUGCCCUCACUCAAACAGGUUGUGGAGCUUGCUGUUCAAAAGGAGCUCAGGCUUCUUCGAGGAAAAACUAUUGAGUGCAUUAGCCACGUUGGUCUUGCUGUUGGGAAGGAAAAAUUUAUGCAGGAUGCAUCGAAUGUGAUGCAGUUACUGCUGAAGACACAGUCCGACCUAAAUAAUAUGGAAGAGGACGACCCGCAGACGUCUUACAUGGUUUCAGCAUGGGCUAGAAUGUGUAAAAUUCUCGGAAAGGACUUUGAGCAGUAUCUUCCGCUGGUUAUUGAGCCUCUUGUUAAGACGGCUUCAGCUAAACCCGACGUUGCUCUCUUAGACACGCAAGAUGUGGAGAACAUGACCGAUGAUGAUGGCUGGCAGUUUGUAAAUCUCGGCGACCAGCAAAGCUUUGGGAUUAAAACCUCAGGACUUGAAGCCAAAGCAACUGCUUGCCAGAUGUUGGUUUACUACGCUAAGGAGUUACGAGAAGGGUUUGUGGAGUACACAGAGCAAGUUGUGAAGCUGAUGGUUCCUCUGCUGAAGUUUUAUUUUCACGACAAUGUUCGAGUGGCAGCCGCAGAAGCCAUGCCCUUUCUCCUGGAGUGUGCAAGAAUUCGUGGCUCAGAGUAUCUGUCCCAGAUGUGGCAGUUGAUAUGUGAUCCGUUAAUCAAAGCUAUCGGAACAGAACCUGACACGGACGUCCUCUCAGAAAUAAUGAAUUCUUUUGCAAAGUCCAUUGAGGUAAUGGGAGAUGGCUGUCUCAAUGAUGACCACUUGGAAGAACUGGGAGGGAUUUUGAAGGCAAAACUUGAAGGACACUUCAAGAACCAAGAGCUACGGCAAGUAAAGAGGCAAGAAGAGAGCUAUGACCAACAGGUUGAGAUGUCCCUUCAAGAUGAGGAUGAAUGUGACGUUUACAUUCUGACCAAAGUGUCAGACAUUUUGCGCUCGUUGUUUAGUACUUACAAGGAAAAGAUUUUGCCGUGGUUUGAACAGCUGCUCCCACUAAUUGUAAAUCUGAUUUGUUCGAGCAGGCCGUGGCCAGACAGACAGUGGGGACUGUGCAUAUUUGAUGACGUCAUCGAGCACUGCAGUCCAACCUCAUUCAAAUACGUUGAGUAUUUUCGGUGGCCAAUGCUGCUCAACAUGCGAGACGACAACCCGGAAGUCAGGCAAGCCGCCGCCUACGGACUGGGCGCGAUGGCACAGUUCGGUGGAGAUGAUUAUCGCUCUUUAUGUUCCGAAGCUGUUCCACUCUUGGUAAAGGUUAUUAAGUGUGCAAAUUCCAAAACCAAGAAGAAUGUCAUUGCUACGGAGAACUGUAUCUCGGCAAUAGGAAAGAUUAUGAAGUUCAAGCCCAACUGUGUAAACGUAGAUGAAGUUCUCCCACACUGGCUGUCCUGGCUUCCCCUGCAUGAAGAUAAAGAAGAAGCUAUUCAGACUUUGAAUUUUCUCUGUGACCUCAUUGAAAGUAACCACCCAGUUGUGAUCGGUCCAGAUAACUCCAACCUUCCCAAAAUCAUCAGCAUAAUUGCAGAAGGGAAAAUUAACGAGACUAUUAGCCGUGAAGACCCCUGUGCCAAACGCCUAGCUAAUGUUGUUCGUCAGAUACAGACUUCUGAAGAAUUAUGGUUGGAAUGCACAUCCCAACUUGAUGAGGAACAGCAGGAAGCUUUGCAGGAAUUACUCAGUUCUUCUUGAAGCACUUUAAUACCAAUUGAAAAUCAUCUAUCCUAAAAGUAACUACAAGGUGUUGUGAGUGGAUCCGUUACAAACAAGAGACACCGCUUCUC